AUGGUCCGCAACGGUCCAAUUACUGCCACUGCCCACAGGACGAUCACCACCGUCCGUCUCAUGAUGGCCCGCGCCGCCCAAUUCCUCCGCCGUCGCACGACCGUUGCGAUCCUUCUUCGACUCGUGGCCGUUGCGCUCCCGGCGGCAUGGCUCGUGAUGGCGACAGUUCAACGCUCCGAGAAAGAGGGGGAUAUGUUUUUGGAGGCCAUGCGGACCUUGUAUCAGCACUGGGAGAGCGCCUAUGGGCUCCAGGCGGAGAAUACAUUCCCCCCCUCCGCCAUCUCGCUUCGCCCGGACGUUCCCCCCGCGCCCCACCUGGAGGACUGUGAGGCGCGCACAGCCUUCCGCCUGUCCACGGAGAAAUGGGGGGAGCGGGGGGAGCCGCCCUACUGGGCUGUUCCCAACCCUGCAUGCGGCAACGUGCCCCAACCCCCCUGGAUCCGAGGCUCCGAUGCUGCCAACCUGGCAGCCACCCGGCAAGCACAAGCUGACAUAUGGGGACAGCAGUUCCCGCCCGGGCAGUGCAAGGGGCGGCGGGUGAUGCUGGUGGAGUGGCUGAGCAUGGGGUGGCACGGGAUAGGGUCGCAGCUGCACGUGAUGGGCGCUGUGCUGAGUGCCGCCUUGCUGCACAACAGGACUCUCGUGCUCAUGCCCGGCACUCUGCCCCAAGCAGACCAUGAGGAAUGCAAGAAGCUGGGUCACCGCGGGUCGCUCGAGUGCUACUUCUUUCGGUUCUCAUCCAAGGAGU